GCUGCUCGUUGCGACCUGGCGGAAAACGCGGGUUUGGUUCCUGGCAAUCUUUUUCGACUUCUCACCACAAACAAAGCGUAUCUGCUACAAAUGAGCUUCGAAGGAACGCAUCUCGUUUCAAGCUAGCAUAUUUGACAUCUUCUGGUCUUGCUGUAUCUGUUGCCAGCGUUGUUACAGCGGCAUAACGUCUGCCCUGCCCAGCGUAAAGCUGAACAAAGUACAUUGCGCCACCUGCUCGAUCCGUGUCGCGCCCUCGCCUCGUCAAGCUUGAGUAUCACUUUCCAAUGGAAAGGCUUAGGCAAGUGCCUACUUUUCGCAGUGGUCAAUCUGUGAAUAUCGCAAAUGGGAAUGACUAUCCCAUAGAAACGCUCGAAGAAUGUCGAAACGCGACGUUGCACGAAGCUCAAGAACCACGGGUCUCUCCUCGUCAACGCGUACACACGACACAACUCUCUGCUGUCCUGGACUCAAUACGUGGAUCGGUCUUGACAGCGAAUGAGUCUAGACCCCAAACUGCAGAGUCGAGUUCCUCUGCGCCGCAGCCAGUAACUUUGCCACCUCUUCAAUCCUCAUCAACCAGCAUCGCUGAAGAUGAAGUGAGCAAAGCAAAGAGAGCUGCGCAUGAUGCUGCAGACGACGAACGCCACCUACGACACUGCGACAGGCUGUUGCUCGCUCCUCUCUUUGUCAUAGCUUUGCUGCAUGGCUUCGACAAGAAUGUCUCACAUGCCAAGACCAUGAAGAUGGACAUAAGUCUCGGAAUAUCAAGCACACAAUGGUCUAUUUUGUUGAUUGCCUGCUAUUUGGGCUUCAUCAUUGGCACGGUUGUCGUCGUCAUUUAUGUCAGAGCCCAAGGCAAACGUCUACUUGCCAUUCUCACGACAUUGACCAUCAUGAUGGGCACAGUAACGUCCCUCAUUGCCUCGAGCUCGCAGUUCAAUUAUGCUUGGUUGUGGAUCACGGCUAUCCGUUUCUUGCAAGGUCUAUUCGAGGCUGGCUUCAAUGCAAUGAUGGCCACCUACCUGCUCCAAUUCUAUACCGCUGCACAACUGGCACCACGCAUGCUUCUCUUCUUUCUCGCACCAGCAGGAGCUUCUGGUCUCGGGGCACUCUAUGCAUAUGCCAUGAUCCACAUACGAGGAGCCAUGAUUGACAACUGGCAGGCUUUCUACCUUGGCGAGGGCUUACUGACGGUUUUCUGUGGCAUUGCUGCCUGGUUUUGGCUUCCCAGCGACUGGGCAAACGCCUCGUGGCAUCGUGCUCUAGCAGAUGCUCAAGAGGAAUCAAAGGAGUUGGACGCGGAACUUGGUCUCGAGUCGCCACUUCAACGGACGACGACAUUGCAAUUUAUCGACGAAGGCUUCGACUUGCGGCAACUCAAGUGUCUCAUUCGAAGCGUUCCGGGUCGUUCGUGGAUGCUGGCUGAUAUCUCUCUUGGCUUGACGACUGCUCUCAUUCUUCUCUAUUUGCCACAAUUCAUCGAGAAGCUCGGCUUCAGCUCGCCUCACGCUAAUCUCAUGACUGUAUUUCCCUACAUUGGUGCGUUGGCAGUCCUGCUCGUCUCCCUCAAGCUCGCGCCUGGAACUGAUCAAGCACGAGCAUGGUUGCUGAUGUGUAUUUUUGCAUUGCAAGCAGUCGGAUUCUUAAUCUACUACAUUGUCAUGCUUCAGCUUGGCCGGCAAACAGCCACAGCGAGCGUUACAUCGCCAAAUCUUGAGCGCACUUCUUCAGCGAGUGACAAAGACCUGAGCACAGGCUUCAAGGUGCUUGGCUACCUUUCACUGUUCCUGGCCGCUUCAGGGGUUGGCACGAGCAAUGUUCUGGCUGCAAAGCUUUAUGGUCUACGCAUCGACGAUCACGCUCUCAGACUCGUCGUCAAUACUGUCGGCGUUGCUCUCAUCAAUGUAGCAGGUGGCAUUGCGUCUUGGGCCCCAAGUACUGGCAAGCAGGAAGCUUUUGGCCUUGCUUUUGCUGCCUUUGGCUUUCUUGUCACAUCAUGGUCCCUCGCUGACGAUUAUUUUAUUCAGCGCAAGAACAGAAAUGCCAAUGAUGAGAAGGACGGUCGCAACUGAAGAUUCACGAUUAGCACAACAUUUCAUAGCAUUUAGCAGCCUAGCAUUCUCAGAUAUACUUAAUCUACAUCAGCAUCCAAUUCAUGGC